UUCGGAGUAUAAGCAUCUUAAAUUAUUCUUAAUUCAUAUCCUCCAUCAAGAAUAUACAGAACAAAACCAAAAAGACUUCAUAUCAUGUUGGUCUAUCAAGAUUUACUCUCUGGUGACGAGCUUCUCUCAGACUCAUUCCCCUACAAAGAAAUUGAGAAUGGGAUUCUAUGGGAAGUUGACGGAAAGUGGGUCGUUCAAGGUGGUAUAGAUGUGGAUAUUGGGGCAAACCCGUCGGCAGAAGGUGGAGAAGACGAGGUUGUUGAGGAUCAGUCUGUUAAGGUUGUUGACAUCGUUGACACUUUUAGACUUCAGGAGCAACCUGCUUAUGACAAGAAACAGUUCAUAGCAUUCAUGAAGAAAUACAUCAAGUCAUUGACACCCAAGUUAGAACCUGAACAACAAGAGGUCUUUAAAAGGAACAUUGAGGGUGCUACCAAGUUCCUCCUCUCCAAGAUCACUGAUCUCCAAUUUUUUGUUGGGGAGAGCAUGGCAGAAUCUAGCAGCAUGGUGUUUGCUUACUAUAAAGAGGGAUCCACCGACGCAACUUUCUUAUACUUCGCCCACGGUCUCAAAGAAAUUAAAUGCUAGACUAGAUUUUGUUAUAUUUAUUUAUUUAUUUAUUUAUUUAUUUAUUUAUUUAUUUAUUUAUUUAUUUACAAGACUACCAUUAUUUUUAGUUUAUAUAUGACAUUUUUACAAAUUAAAUGUUUUAGAUUUAUUUCUAAUAAUAGUAUGCUAAUGAAAUAUACACUGAAUCGGUUGAUUCUGCU